AUCAAACUUUGAAAUAAUCGCAAGUCAGCGAACAAUUCAGAAUACAUUUAUUAAAUAUUUUUACGGGAUUUAAGCCAUAAAGCCUCUCAUGUCUUCGACAGCUGCCAACGACGCCCAAUGAAGGCGCACUCAACGGUCGUGGAUCUCUGCCAGAAUGAUGUCGAUGUGCUUGUCCAGCUGCGCCAGCUGCAGGCCAAUCAUCUGUGGCUGCGCGAGCAGCUAACACAGCUGCAGCGGGAUGCGUUUGCCAGGCGUUUGCUCCAGCAGAGGAGCCUGUUCGAGGGGCGUGCCGCCCUCGAGAAACAACUGCGACAGCUGCAGCUGAAACACAACCGACACUGGGGCCUGUGAAGCAAAGUGCAUGGGGAUGGGCUGGACGAGCUGGAAUUGUGUGGAAAUCAGUUUGAAAUUGUCACAAGCUCAAAUUAAAAGUUUAAAGUUUGAACAUU